AAAACACAUACUAUGAUGGGAAGUCAGGAUGACCCUGGUAUUAUUCCAAUGACAAUUCACUACAUUUUUGAAGCUCUAAACCAAGUACAAGGACAUGAAUUCUUGCUGAGGGCAUCUUACAUAGAAAUUUACAACGAGAAAGUAAACGAUUUACUUGAAAAAGGUAAAACUGGCUUGAAACUUUGUGAAGUGGAAGGUAAUGUCUUUAUUUCUGGUCUCAAGGAGGAAGUGGUUCAUACACCUGAUAAGAUCAUGCAGCUGAUGAAGAGAGGAGAAAAUAUCCGGCAUAUUGGUGAAACAAAUAUGAAUGAAAUCAGUUCUCGAUCUCACGCCAUUUUUAGAAUUAUUAUUGAAAGCCGUGUGCCCCAUGAGGGGGAGGAUGGUGCGGUUCAGGUCUCACAUUUGAAUAUGGUUGAUUUGGCUGGUUCUGAACGAGUAGAUCAGAUUGGAUCCAAGGGAGAUCGUCUUAAGGAAGGUUGCUCUAUCAACCGUUCACUUUUCAUGCUAAGUCAUGUUAUUUCACAGCUGAGUGAGGGGCAAGAUCAAUAUGUGAACUUUCGAGGCAGCAAACUCACGAGAAUACUGCAGUCAUCACUCGGGGGCAAUGCACAUACUGCUAUCAUUUGUGCAGUUACACCAGCUUCUGUUGUGGAAACUUCAAGCACACUUGGAGAAGAAGAGCAUUUCGGCGGAGGACUUGGUGUGGUCAUGCUUCUCGUAAAUCUUCACUUCAAAUUAUCCCAGCUCUUGAAACCAUUGAUGAAGGGGCAGCAUGCUUAUCACCAGUCUUGGAACAAGACUGUAUAUCUUCUUCAAUACAGGAGCUGGCAGAAAAUACUUUCUUUGAGACACCUUUAGAAGAAUUUGAAUUGCAGCUAAUGGAUGCCCAAGAGAGAUUGUCUCAAGAUAUGGAAUCACCUGAACAGCAACCUUAUAUUACAGUUCGUAGGAAUAAAAGUCAUCACGUCACUUUUGAAGACCAAGUUAAAUCUCCAGAAAGUCACAUCAAGCAAACUGUGGAUAUUUGUUCUCAAACAGAUGUUUUGCUCAUGAAUUUGUAAGUAGAUGCUACAAAACUUGAUUAACCUGUAAUUGGCAGGACUGAGUAGUUUAGAUCUCUUGUAUUGAUGAAUGGACUGGGAGCCAAAUUUUAAACUGGGGAUUUUAGCUAGUGUUGGUACAUUAUUGAAAGAAAGUGUUCUUGGAAAGUAUUCAUGCUGAAAUAUUCCA